AACAUUCCUCCCGCAGCCCCGCCAGCCUCGCCCGCAGCCGGGCGAGCGCCGCCAUCCUUCCUCUCCCCCCGGCUCUCCGCGACGCCGCUACCAUGGCAACGGGCCGUACCACACCGCAGGGGCGCAGAGCGGGGGAAAGGGGUCCAGGUGGGCGGCAGCGGGGGUACCGGCAGCAGCCUCGGCCCCGGCGCAGGGACCCGGGCGGGACCGGGGCCGAGGCGGGCGGCGCCGGGGCGGGCGCAGCGGCGCGGGCGGCGGCGCUGGGGAGGGGGAGCGGCGCGAUGGUAGCGCCCGGCUUCCUCCCGGCGCCGCGGCGGCUUCCGGGCUCCCGCCAUGGGGGACUGAGAAGGAGUAUCGCCGGGCGCCCGCGUUCUUCCUUGUCCGCCCGAGUCACUUCGCCUCUUCUCGGCACGGUCUCUGCGAAGCGGUGCCAGCCUCCCCGGGGAGCGGCCGGGGGAGGCGCCGAGUUCAUGUUCCGGGUGGCUGAGCCUGCCCCGACCCGAGCUCAGGCGGCGAGGAAGAGCUGGCAUUUCUGUAGGACUAUGGAGGAGCUGGUUCACGAUCUAGUCUCAGCACUGGAAGAAAGUUCAGAGCAAGCCAGAGGAGGUUUUGCUGAUACUGGAGAUCAUUCACGGAGUGUGUCUUGCCUUCUAAAGCGACAGGCAAGGAAAAGGAGGGGACGAAAAAGACGUUCAUUUACCACCCAUCACCCUUGGGAGACCGGUCACUGCUUAAGUGAAGGUUCCGAUUCCAGUUUAGAAGAAUCAAACAAAGACUACAGGGAGAAUCAUGCUAGUAAGAAAGACCACAGUGACUCUGAUGACCAGUUGUUGGUGGCUAAACGUAGGCCUUCCUCAAACUUAAAUAACAUUAGAGGCAAAAGACCUCUGUGGCAUGAACCAGAUUUGGCUGUUGACAGUUUGGGAAGCCGAACUUUGCGCAGGAGAAGAAAGGUAAAACGGAUGGCUAUAGAUCUGCCGUCAGAAGCCUCUAAUGCACUGACAAUAUCUCAACAGCAGGAUAACAGCAGAGAUCAAGAAAUGGACAAUGACAAUAAAUCAUACCAACACCAAGAGUUUUCCAAGAACAAAGUGAAAAAAAGAAAAGUCGCUGCAGCUCGACAAGGACCAGAAAUCUUGGAUGAAGGAGUAGUUAUAGAAAAUGAAGAAGUGAACCAAGCAAAUAAGGACAAAAUGGAGUACGAGGAGCAAAAAGGCUCAGAUGAGAACAUGAGUGACAGUGAAUCCAGCAGUCUGAGCAGCAGUGAUGCUGGUUUGUUUACCAAUGAUGAGGGAAGACAAGGUGAUGAUGAACAGAGUGAUUGGUUUCAUGAAAAUGACUCUGGUGGAGCAUGUGGGAUUACGGGGGUCGUUCCAUGGUGGGAACAAGAAGACUCUACAGAACUGGAGAAAGAAUUGCCUGAUCCAGUCUUUGAAAGUAUCUUAACUGGUACUUUCCCUCUUAUGUCCCGAUCAGGCAGGAGAGGUUUCCAGAGCAGAUUUAGUCAUCUUCAUGGAAUGCCAGCAAGAAACAUGAAAAAGACUUCAGGAAACCAGAAUGCGUUGAUUACUCCAGGACCAGGCGGUAGCAGGAAAACAGUUCACUUGUCCCAAGAUUCUCUUCACCAUGACCACUGGUUUAGCCCUGGGGCUAGGAAGGAACAUAGCCAGCUUCAACUCUUGCGAGACAACCGAUCAGAGAGAGGACACAAGAAGAACAGCUCUGUAAAAACAGCUAGCCGACAAACCAGUGUGCAUUUAGGAUCAUUGUGCAUGGGAGACAUCAAACGGAGAAGGAAAGCUGCUCCCCUGCCAGGACCCACAGGGUUUGUAGGUGAAAACACCCAACCAAUCCCAGAAAACAACAUUGGAAACAGAAUGCUUCAGAGUAUGGGCUGGACCCCUGGCACGGGCCUUGGACCAGACGGCAAAGGGAUAGCAGAGCCAAUACGAGCCAUCCAGAGACCAAAAGGACUUGGACUUGGAUUUAGCUGACAGAAAUGCACUCUGGCUGCCUGAUAAAAAUAAAGCUCAGAAUUAAUUUAAAAAAAAAAAAGAGAGAAAGAAAAAAAUGGCAAACUCAUAUUUUGUUGUGAUCGGCAAAUCCGGUUAUUCUUCUUUCCAGGAUCACUGAAGGUACAACCACAAUGACAGAACUGGCAUUCGAAUCUGACUUUAUAAUGGUGCUAAAAUGUACAUAAACUUCUACUUCUUUACUUUCUGUGGUUAAAGUUUGUAUUAAGUGUAAAAUUCAGUAUAUUCACUUCUUUUUCAUAAAAGCUUCUGACAUAGCAGAUUUUAGUACAUAAGCAAAUUUUUUUUUUGUAAGUAUAAUUUCAUCUCAAGACUCUUGAUAAGAUUUGUUGAGGAAAAUUGAACUUUUUCCAGCUAUUGUGCUUUCCCCCUUUUCAGGCAAAGUUCCCACACCUGGUAUUUCUAGUGUUUAAUGGUAUUUGAGGAUAAGCUGUCAUUUUGCCUAUAAGAUAUACACAUUUCCCACUGGAAGGUGAUAUGAUAUGCAAUUUUGUAUAAGACCAUGAAAAAUGGCUUUAUUGUCCUAGGAAUACUACUCCAACACCAUUAUCUGGUAACGUUUCACUGUCUUCCACAUUCAGGCUCAAAAGUAAAGCUUUUAUACUUGUUUUUACGUUUACAGUAUUAUCCUUUUUCAGCAAACAUUUUAAAAACUUAAAGUGUAUUCUGACUUUGGAUUUUCCUUUAUAUUUAUAGUCCUCAGUGUUUCCACAUUUAAAAAUGUUUUGAGCUUUGAACCAAGAAAUUGUAUUUUAAAGAUGACUGUCAUUCAGUGUUUAUAUUCUGUGUUUUGCCAUAUUUUAAACAAUGCAGUGUUCAACAUCAUGUUAUCAUUUGGUUUGUGAUCAUGCUGGUGCCAAUGAGCCACAACCUUUAAGGAUCAUAAACAGAAAAAGGGCAAGGAGAAGCAGGAUUAGGGUGGAGGAAAGGAAGGAAAAAUACGCUUUGAUGGCAUCUCGCAAAUCUAAGCUAGCAAUUUAAAAUCAAGAGGGAUCAUUAAGUGUUUUAAUCAGUAUCCUAAUGUAUCUAAUGUCAGCAGAAGCAAUUUCAUUAAGCACCAACCAAUCAAGCUCCCAGGGUGCUUAUUGGUCUGCAGUAUAAAACAAAUUCCACUUUAACAUUAAAUGAUAGGGCUGAAGGAAUCUGUUGUUCAGAUGGACUAAGGAGAAAAUCCUGCUCCCACCCACGCACCCCUGUAGUAGCUGGCAAUAUUUACCCUAACUGCAAAGGGAACAGGAUUUGAUUCUCCAGUCUUUUUUUCCUUCAAGAGGAGAAUCUCUCUCUGUGGACAAACUGCAGAGAAAAAUACUUCCAGAUGCUUGCAAAGAUUUUUCUUUAGAAUAAAAAGAGCACAGCUUCCUUCAUGUGACUGUGAAAUAGUGGUGAAUUUUAAGAAGUGUUUUAUUACUUUCCUUUUUCUCUCAACUUCACCCAUUUUUUCAGAACAAUAAUACUAGGAAAAGAAGUAGCAGCAGCAUUAUAGCUUUGAAUUUGCUUAAGAGAAAUGUUGAUGCUUUCCACUGUGAGUACUGUCUGUUUGGGAACAUUGUUUCACCUUACACAUAGUUUAGAUGAAAAGGUUGGUACAUAAUAUUGUUUUUAAUGAGAGAUGAAUGCACAUAUUCUCUUGAGUUUCAGGAGAACUAUUUAUUGCCGUUUAAUUACUUGAUAUGAUUGUGUGGUUUUGCUUUUUGAAAUGAUGAGAAAUUUUAGACAGACUCGGAAUUUAUAAUUAACCCAUAUACUUUUUAUUGGAAGGUUUUGGAACAUAGCAUAAUGUGAGUUUGCCACUUCAACUAUCUCCUGCACAACUAGACUGAGUUAAAUAUAUUCCAUAUCCAAAGAAUUUCAGGGCCACGUAGUUGCAAAGUGCUGAGAGCCUGGAAUUCUGCAUCUAGGAGAGGUGCCCACUUGCAUAAGUGGUAUUUACAAUAAUGAAUUUGUGUGGCAUGCUUUCAGUGCAAUGUGCUACUGGGAGCUAAUGAAUUCUAAAGACCUCUAUGUAUUACACACCACAAUCAAACAUUCCUUAAAAUAAUUUUCAAUGUGUGCAUUGUGAAACUCAAUCUUUAACUUUUGGUUGAUCAAACUCUGUUUGCAAAACUGUAAAGGAAUAUUUAUUCUCUGUAUAAAUUCCUUUGUUCUGCUUUGGUUACAAAACCUACAUAUCCUGGGCUGGAAAUUAUAAGUAUGGCACAUGUAACACUUGUUUGAAGUAUUUCUGUGCAAUUUACCAUAACAGUACUUCCUCAAGAACCAGUCUGCAGCUCCAAAAGUACUUGAAAAUUUUUCUGUUUUAAAAAGAUACGACAGAAAUAAUGGAUGAAAGAAAACCUCUUUAGCCCAUUCAACACUUUAUUCAUCCAUUCAUACAGAUAGAGUGAAGCAGCCAACCUAGUAAACAACCAUAAUGGAAGAACUAUUUAAUCUGAUUGGAAAUCCUACAACUUUUUGGUUUAAAUCAGUCUCUCAGUGAGAAACUUUUAGACAUUAAGACUAGUCAAAUUGAUUUUGAUAUAGAUACACCUCAUCUGUUUUCCAGCAGGUAUUCUUAUAGAUAGCACAGCUGACAGUCAGCUUUCUCUGUUAGAAACUGUAGAACAAAGUGAUUUAUUAAAAUAUUUUAAUGUAGUGUUUUUAGAUAUUUUUAUGUUGCAGUAAAAUUCGCAUUCGAACUUACAGUGUGAUUUCAUUUCUGUUUUUCCACAUCUCACAGGAGUUGUUUUAAAGAUAUUCCAGUAGUGGAAUUUUGCAGUUAAUACUAGUGUUAAGAAACAAAACAAAAGUAAAUUGAACUUUUUUUCUUUUUUUUAAAGCCAUUGUAGUGUUAGCGGGCUUUGAAACACAUCAGAGUAAUUGGAUUUUUUUCUACAGGUCUUUCCCAUACCUAACUUGCAAACAUACUGUGAUACCGGCUAUAAAGCUGGCUCACUAGUAUUUUCAGCUAAUAAUUCCUACUGGCUGUGACACUGUAGGUUUUUUGCCUACAUAAAUAAAUAUGGAAUCAUCUUGUAUCUAAAAGUUACCUUCCAUCACUCACCAAAUUCUUUCCAUUUAGGUGUUUGAUUAAUCUGUAACUCAGUUGUUACCAUAAUAUUCUGCCUAUGCAGAAUGCUUAGUGAAGAGAAGAAAUAUUAUGUAUUAUCAUUGCAUUCUGCUACAUGUCCCAUGGUGUCGCAUAGUUCUGUGAAUUGAGCUAUUAACUGUUAAUUGAAAAAAAAACCACCCAUGAGCAGUAUCUUAUUUUUAAAUAAAUAUUUGUCAAAGUCAGAGAAGCAUUAUCAAGAUCCUUAUCUUAACAAGUUUGUCCCUACAUUUUGUCUCUCUGCAAUUAGGUCAAUAAUGAGUGUAGAAUGGCCAUAAAUAUCAAAAAAUGUGUAUAGAAUGCUUUGCUUUGAUAACAUAAAUGCAAGAUGAAAUAUAAUAAACAGACUCUGUUCUUCAUGGGUUUUGUAUGUUCUUUUCUUUAAACCGUCCUUUUACAUAGCAUUGUUAUUGCACAGGUGAGUACAUAAACACGCUUUUUCUGAAACUAUGAUUAAGAUUGCCAAUAUCUUAUAGCCAAUAUCUUAUAGCAA